GUUGUCCGGAUUGAUCGGUGUUGUUUCUUGGAAGAGACCACUUUCACUUGUGAUCACCUUUUUCAUGCUGCUGUCUGCAGUGUGUGUCAUGCUGAACUUGGCCGGCUCCAUCCUCUCCUGCCAGAACGCUCAGCUGGUGAGGUCCCUGGAAGGCUGUCAGCUGAUUAAAUUCGACAGUGACGGUGUCUGUGUUUGCUGUGAAAUGCAGCACCAGACAUCAGGCUGCAGUAACUUGGGAGAAACCCUGAAGCUGAACCCUCUGCAGGAGUGUAACACAGUAAGGCUGACCCUAAAGGACCUGUUGUUCAGUGUGUGCGCUCUCAAUAUCAUCUCCACCAUUGUCUGUGCUUUGGCAACAGCAAUGUGUUGCAUGCAGAUGGUUUCUUCUGAUCUUCUGCAAAUGUUUCCCUCUUACAGCCUUUUUCACUUUAAUUUCUGUGCCUUCCAGCAGGAUGAUAUCACACAGUUUCUGCCCCAGAGGCCGCAUUCUACCAAUCCUGACUGCAUGACUCCACACGGGACUGUCCUGCAUCAAACCUUGGAUUUUGAUGAGUUCAUACCACCAAUCCCACCUCCACCCUACUACCCCCCAGAAUACACCUGCACACCAGUGGUAGAGGCACAGAGAGGUCUCCAUUUGGACUUUCCUCAUUCCCCGUUCGGUGCUUUGUACGAAGUAACCAUUAAUAGCCCGGGAAUGCUGUAUCCAAGUGAACUGCCCCCUCCUUAUGAGGCAGUGAUGGGAGAGAUGCCUGCCAGUCAGGUCUCUGGUACCGCCCAGCAAGUGUCUGACUCAGCCCUGGGGGAGAGGAACGUGACCCCGGACUUCAGCACACAAGUUUCUGUUGAGAGCACCUCUCUGUUGGUCUCUGAGGCUGUUGAUAUCCCCGACCGCAGCUACUCCUCUGAAGAUCUUUGUUCGCUGGAAGUUCAAGGAUCUCUCCACUCUGCAGAUCUUUCUCCCUACUGUAUAACCCCCAAAGGGGCUGCAGACCAGAGCUGCAGCCCCCUGGAUUACCACACUCACUGCAGGUUCCACAGAACUCGCUCAGAGGGUUUUCCUGAGGAUGACAGUUCCCACAGCCGAGCCUCCACAGACAGGGCUCACAGACAGGAAAAGAACCGUGCCCAUGGCAGGCCCUUGGACUGUUCCUCAGGGAAUUACAGCCCCUCAGAAAGAGAACUGCAGAGUUCUGCUCAAGAGAGCAAUGCCACGGCACCUUUGAAGGAAAAGAAAACCUGCUGUGUGGACUUCAGCCAGCCUGUCCCUUUGCAGACCUCUCCCUGUUUUGGACCUGCAAAUACUUCAUCAUACACAAGUGGCCAUGAGACUGCUGUGCAGCAGCACAUUAGAAAACACCCAAUUUCAAACAUAGUCCGAUCAAACAGUGCCCCCGUGUCAUGGUCGUUUGUGACAGAAGGUGAUAAUUGUGCCUGGACUCCUGUAUGCAGCCAGUGUCAAGAUGCAGGAUUAUCUCCAGCUACAGUAGAAACAGUUGCUGUUUCUGGUUCUCAUAUGGCUGCCUCUGCCUGUCAGCAUUCUUUGAGCAGUUUCCUACCAACUGGAAAACAGAGGGAUACACGGAAAAUUGACCUGCACCUAAAGCCAAAGGCUUUUCACACAGUCUCAAAAGAGCGGCCACACUCCUUAGUGGACCUUAAGGCCUAUAAAGACACAAAAAUUUUAGUGGCAAAAUUUUUGGAACAUUCAAACUGUAAUCUCCCUCCAGAAGUACGUCACGUAGUGAACAGCAUCCGUUCAGUAAUUAAAUCUGAUGAGAGACACAUGGAAGAAGCCAUCUUCAGUGCCAAUAUUAUAGACCAGGUCAUUACGAGUUCCCAGCAGAAUGUGAAAACCUGCAGAAAGCGCCUUCGGGAAGAUCUUCACCUUCAGAGCUGUGGUGCUCUGAGCUCGCCAGUUGCCUUCUCACAUAGGUCCCACAUCUCCCGAAGUUUAGAGCGGGACAGGCCCCACAGUUUAAUUGGAGUUUGCCGGGAGACCAUCCUUUGAUAACAUUCAUAGGUACGUGAUUCCAGCAGAGAGAAUUGUGGAAGAAACCAGGACUGGGAGAAAUACAAAUAGUGGAUGACUUAAAAAGGAAAAAGUGUCUUUCCUUGGAAUUCCACUUCUUUCCAACAGCAGGAUGAGAACACCUGUUUUUCUGAAUGUAAAUUUCAGCCUUGAUUUUUGCAAAAUUUUAAUUGAUUUAUUAGUUAAGUCAUAACAAGUGUUUUCCCAACUGGAAAUGCAUUUAUGUCACUGUACUUACAGAAAUGCUACUGAUGCUGCCCAGCAUUUCUUGAAAACCAUUGGAAACCCACCAGAGACUGACUGUACAACUUUAAAGUUGUAUUUAGUUUAUGUACCUCAAAGUGUUUUAACUAUCGUCAGUGUUUUAAUAAAAAGUAUUUCUGGACUUUGCUUUUUCAACAACUGAUUUGGAUAGAAAUGUAAAGGGGAUCCACACACACAUAACAGUGCUGCUUCUAAUCCAUUUUCCCAGUGUCCUUCAUUCCAGACUAACUGAUCUGUCAGAUUAAAACUCCUCCCCCCCCAGUGUUGCCCUCUUAACCUACAGGACUGGCUGCAGUGUGGUUUAUUUUUGCUUCGUUCUGAAUGCCCGUGAGUUUAUUCCAGCAGUAGCAUCUGGUACUGAGAAAUGAGGUUUAAUUACUCUGCAAUGUGUGGCCAAAAGAUGCAUUAGGGAAGAAGACUUUGAAAUUCUGCAUUUCCAAAAAGCACCUUUCGCAAACUUUUUACCAACACCAAUAGCAAGUUAGAUGAAUUUUUAUCUAGCAGAGCCUUGAACGUUUUUUCAAAAAGAAUUUUUACUCCAAUUAGUAGUUUUGACAAUUUUAUUACUAAAACAUGUCCUUAUGGUUCUGCUGUGUUUAUGAUUUAUUUAACAUUGAUCUUAAAAAAAAUAUCAGAAAGUAAAUAUCAUCAACACUAAUUUGAUUACCAGCAUAAACACAGGUCUGCCAGCAACGUCUUCCAGUGCAAGCUUCAUCCUGGCUCUCUCAGAGGAAAUUGGAAAGGCUUUAAACAAAAGGUUCUCAUAAAGAACCUACCCCAGGUUGGUGUUUCGGGGGGUUAAUUGUUUUGCAGCAGUGCUUGGCAGGAGCGUUACUUUCCAUUUGAGGUUUAAUCAUAUACUGGUUUCAUUUGUGUCACUCUGAGCUGGGCAGACAUCCUGUGAAAAGGUCACAAAGGAAUGUAGCUGAAGAUGGGUAGUUUAAGUC